UUGCAAAACUCCAAAAUGUCAAACCCAUUAUUUAACUGCCCCUGCUUGGCCAAGUCACCGACCCCACCAGCAAUAUCGUCGUCGUUGUCUCCUCCAUUUCUCUCCUUUAGAAUCAACAAAAAGCUCAGCAGCUGCUGGAGCAGAGAGAGAGCGAGGAGACGUAGGGUUAGGGUUAGGGCAAUGCCUUGCUCCUCUUUCGUUGCUACUGGCACUGCGUCUGGUGGAGACAAUGGAGCUCUUAUGAAUUUCAAGCUGAACGAGUCCACCUUCUUAGCCUCUCUGAUGCCGAAGAAGGAGAUUGGGGCUGAUCGGUUCAUCGAGAAUCAUCCGCACUACGAUGGUCGCGGCGUCGUGAUCGCUAUCUUUGAUUCUGGUAUAGACCCUGCUGCUGCUGGAUUACAGGUUACCUCAGACGGGAAGCCGAAAGUUUUAGAUGUCAUUGAUUGCACUGGGAGUGGAGACAUUGAUAUCUCAAAAGUGGUGAAGGCUGAUGCAGAUGGUUGUAUUCGUGGUGCUUCAGGUGCAACUCUGGUUGUAAAUUCUUCAUGGAAGAACCCUUCUGGCAAAUGGCAUGUGGGUUAUAAAUUGGUGUAUGAGCUUUUUACCGAGACUUUGACUUCUCGUUUGAAGGAGGAAAGGAAGAAAAAAUGGGAUGAAAGAAACCAGGGAGCGAUUGCUAAAGCUGUAAAGGAUCUCGACGAAUUUGACCAGAAACACACUGAAGUGGAGGAUAAAAAUUUGAAAAGGGCUCGUGAAGACCUUCAAAACAGAAUCGAUUUUUUGCAGAAGCAAGCAGAUGGCUACGAUGACAAGGGGCCUGUUAUAGAUGCUGUGGUGUGGCAUGAUGGAGAACUAUGGAGGGUUGCUUUUGACAUGCAGGGUCUUGAGUAUGACCCAGAAUGUGGGAAACUUGCUGACUUUUCACCCCUAACUAAUUAUAGGAUUGAACGAAAGUUUGGUGUGUUCAACAAAUUAGAUGCUGCUUGUACAUUUGUUGUUAACGUAUAUGAUGAAGGGAAUGUAUUAAGUAUAGUAACAGAUAGCUCCCCGCAUGGCACUCAUGUUGCUGGUAUUGCUUCUGCUUUCCACCCAAAGGAGCCACUGUUGAACGGAAUAGCCCCGGGAGCACAGAUAAUCUCCUGUAAAAUUGGUGACUCUCGCCUAGGAUCAAUGGAAACAGGAACAGGCUUGACUCGAGCAUUGAUAGCUGUUGUGGAGCACAAAUGUGAUCUUAUCAACAUGAGUUACGGUGAAGCCUCGUUGCUGCCAGACUAUGGGCGUUUUGUUGAUCUUGUUAAUGAAGUGGUUGAUAAACAUCGUGUGAUAUUCGUCAGUAGUGCUGGCAACAGUGGUCCAGCACUGAGCACUGUGGGCGCACCUGGUGGAACAACUUCAAGCAUAAUAGGGGUUGGCGCAUAUGUUUCUCCUGCAAUGGCUGCUGGAGCUCAUUCUGUAGUUGAACCACCUAUUGAAGGGCUUGAGUACACUUGGUCUAGUCGAGGACCAUCUGUUGAUGGCGAUCUUGGUGUCUCUAUUAGUGCUCCUGGUGGGGCAGUGGCUCCUGUUCCUACAUGGACUCUUCAACGACGCAUGCUUAUGAAUGGAACGUCAAUGGCGUCUCCCUCCGCCUGUGGGGGAGUCGCAUUAUUAAUCAGUGCAAUGAAGGCUGAGGGUAUUCCUGUGAGUCCAUAUAUUGUACGGAGGGCUCUUGAAAAUACGUGUGUUUCUGUGGGUGGAUUACCAGAAGAUAAGCUGUCAACUGGACAAGGGCUUAUGCAAGUUGACAAGGCAUAUGAAUAUAUUCAACAGUCCAGGAAUUUUCCAUGUGUUUGGUAUCAAGUAAAGAUCAAUCAAGCUGGAAAAUCAAGUCCUACAUUCCGAGGUAUCUAUCUGAGGGAGGCUAGUGCUUCCAAACAGUCAACUGAGUGGACUGUGCAAGUUGAACCAAAGUUUCAUGAAGAUGCGAGUAAAUUGGACCAAUUGGUUCCCUUUGAGGAGUGCAUUGAGCUACAUUGUAUUGAAAAGACUGUCGUGAAGGCUCCUCAGUAUCUCCUUCUCACCCAUAAUGGGCGUAGCUUCAAUAUUGUCGUGGAUCCUACCAAUCUCAGUGAUGGUCUACACUAUUAUGAUCUCUAUGGGAUAGACUGCAAAGCACCAUGGCGUGGUCCCCUUUUCAGAAUUCCGAUUACCAUAACAAAGCCUAUGGCUGUUAGCAAUAAACCUCCGCUAGUUUCAUUUUUGGGGAUGCAUUUUUCGCCAGGGCACAUAGAACGGAGGUAUAUUGAGGUACCACUUGGUGCUAGCUGGGUUGAAGCAACCAUGCAGACAUCAGGGUUUGAUACUGCCCGAAAAUAUUUUGUUGAUGCUGUUCAGAUAUGUCCAUUGCAAAGACCUGUUAAGUGGGAGAGUGUUGUGACAUUUUCAUCUCCUACUGCCGAAAGCUUCACCUUUCCUGUGGUGGGUGGUCACACAGUGGAAUUAGCCAUAGCUCAGUUUUGGUCAAGUGGCAUAGGAAGUCAUGAAACCACUACUGUAGAUUUUCAGGUCAGGUUUCAUGGGAUUAUUGUCAACAAAGAGGAUGUCAUACUUGAUGGCAGUGAAGCACCCGUUAGAAUUGAUGCCAAAGCUCUGUUGUCAUCUGAGACACUUGCCCCUGCUGCUGUUCUGGACAAGAUAAGGAUCCCUUAUCGUCCUAUUGAUUCCAAGCUAACUACUCUUCCAAUGAAUCGUGAUAAACUACCAUCAGGCAAACAGAUUCUUGCAUUGACAUUAACAUACAAGUUUAAAUUGGAAGAAGCAGCUGAAAUACAACCUCAUAUUCCCUUACUUAACAAUCGCAUUUAUGAUACUAAAUUUGAAUCUCAGUUUUAUAUGAUAACAGAUACAAACAAGCGUGUAUAUGGAAUGGGCGAUGUCUACCCAAAUUCCACAAAACUUCCCAAGGGUGAAUAUACUUUACAGCUAUAUCUAAGGCAUGACGAUGUGCAUUCCUUGGAGAAAAUGAAGCAAUUGGUGGUGUUCAUUGAAAGAAAAUUGGAAAAGGAGGCUAUCCGAUUAAGCUUUUUCUCUGAACCAGAUGGUCCCGUGAUGGAAAAUGGUAGCUUUAAAUCCUCAGUAAUAGUUCCUGGUAUAAAAGAAGCUUUUUUUGUGGGUCCACCAACUAAAGACAAGCUCCCAAAGCACUCUCUCCAAGGAUCUAUAUUACUUGGAGCAAUUUCAUAUGGGAAGCCUUCGUUUGGAGAUGAGGAUUCAUGGAAAAAUCCCCAUAAUAGACCUGUAAAUUAUGAGAUAUCUUAUGUCAUGCCACCGAAUAAGCAGGAUGAGAACAAGGGAAAAGGUUCUUCUCCAGCACACCCUAAAAGUGUGUCUGAACGCUUAGAAGAAGAGGUUCGGGAUGCAAAGAUAAAGGUAUUGGCCAGCCUAAAUCAAGGCACUGAUGAAGAACGCUCAGAAUGGAAAAAGUUAUCGACCUCUCUCAAAUCUGAGUACCCAAAAUACACACCAUUGCUUGCUAAAAUUUUGGAGGGCUUGCUUUCCCAGAGUGAUGUUGAAGACAAGAUUUGCCACAACGAAGAGGUUAUAGAUGCCGCAGAUGAGGUAGUUGGCAGUAUCAACAGAGAUGAAUUAGCGAAAUACUUUUCUUCCAAAAGUGACCCAGAUGAUGAGGAGGCAGAGAAAAUCAAGAAGAAGAUGGAGACAACCCGUGAUCAGUUAGCGGAAGCACUGUAUCAAAAAGGGCUGGCUCUAGCAGAGAUUGAAUCUUUGAAGAAGGCUGCAGCUGUUGGUGCAACCGAAGGUGCAAAAGAAUUUGGAUCCACUGUUGAUCUGUCUGCAUCAGACUCUGAUGUCCAGCGCCCAGAUGCAUUUGAAGAGAACUUCAAAGAAUUAAAUAAAUGGGUUGAAGUGAAGUCCCCCAGUUAUGGUACUCUCUUUGUCAUCCGUGAAAGACGAGUUGGAAGGCUUGGAACAGCACUAAAGGUAUUAAAUGAUAUAAUUCAGGAUGAUAGGGAGCCUCCAAAGAAGAAGCUGUAUGAACUAAAGUUGUCUUUGCUUGAUGAAAUUCAAUGGUGCCAUCUUGCGUCAUAUGAAAGACGAUGGAUGCACGUGCGCUUUCCAGUGAGCUUGCCUCUUUUCUGAAGCCUCUCUGCAUUGCAAGGUCUGUUGUACCAUAUUGCUCUUCUGAUAAUUGCCCUCUCAAAUAAAAUUUCACUCUUCAUGUUACUUCGCCACCAUUAUCGAAUUCAUCUGUUUGUGGGAUUUGAACAUCAAACUGUUGUGCAAGUAAUAAUUGUGAACAGUGCAAAAUAGAAUAACUGAAGUUAUAUUAUCCACAGUUAAUUGUUUAUCGAUGAGCAA